AAACGAUCUUGCGUCGAUCCACACUUCGUUCGCCAGACGCCCCCUUCCACCGCUUGCUGUGCCGAUGGAGUUUGCGUCGCGCCCAUCGUCCCUCUCGUCCGUCGGACUGGCCCCACCAGCUCCAUCGUCGACGCAAGCCAGUCAACAGAACGUCAGGUACUACCACCCGGCAGUGCUCAGUCAGAUCCGCGAAGACUGCAUGGCACAAAAGCUGUAUCUGCGCGCGUCCGAGUUCACCGAGAUCAAAGAUAUGGUGCUCUGGGCCGGUACGUUCAACGUAAACGCAAAGAAACCUGUGUCAAUCGCAGAGGCGGCCAAACUACUGUACUGGCUGCGCCCGAAACACGACAACGAUCAUCUGUCGCCGGACAUUGUCGCGGUUGGUUUUCAAGAGAUUGUCGAUCUCAACGCCGUCAACGUCGUUGUCAACAACACGUCGGGGCCGCGCAGCGCGCAGUGGGAAGAGAGCAUCCUUGCAGCGCUAAAUUCGCACAUGUCGGACGACGCGUACGAAGUCGUGUUGCACAAGCAUCUCGUCGGAAUUCUGCUGCUCGUGUUCGUCAAGCGCGACCACCUCCCGUUCGUGACAGACGUCGUGGGAUCGACGGCGGGCGUCGGCAUCAUGGGGAUGAUGGGCAACAAAGGGGGCGUCGCCGUUCGCAUGACGCUCUACGACAGCACGAUGUGCUUCGUCUGCUCUCACUUAGCUGCGCACACACACAACGUGGCGGGGCGGAACGCUGACUUUGCCAACAUUUUGUCCAAGAUUGAGUUUCGCGACUCGAUCUACGACGAACUAAACCCGAUGGGGUCACAGGAGGCGGCGGAUCACGCUCUGACAAUUCAUAUGCACGACUUUAUCUUUUGGCUGGGCGAUCUGAACUACCGCCUCGUGGAAGAUGCGAAUUUCACGGUCGAUGACUGCUUUGCCCACGUGGAGAAGCAAAACCUCGACGUUCUGCUCGCGAGAGAUCAGCUCAACCAAGAGCGCGAAAAGGGCAAUGUGUUUCAUGGAUUUGAAGAAGGUCCGAUCCGAUUCCCGCCCACGUACAAGUUUCAAGCAGGCACGUCAUUCUACGACCGGCGGCCCGAGAAGAAAAUCCGCGCGCCGGCAUGGUGCGAUCGCAUCUUGUGGAAGGCCAAGGCCGACACGGUCGCGCUCAAGCACUAUGGCGCGGCGAUGGAACUGGACAUGUCGGAUCACAAGCCUGUGGCAGCAUUAUUCACCGUCAAGGUCAAGUACGAAGUGGACGAGAAGAAGGACGCUGUCCAGCGCGAGAUUUCGCGCGAGCUGGACAAGUGGGAAUCGGACAACAAGCCAAAGAUUUCUAUCUCGGACCACAACUUGCUCCAUUUUGACGCGGUGACGUACCUCGUGCCGCAAACGAAAACGUUUUUGAUUGAGAACACGGGCCUUGUGGUCGCGCAUUUUCAACUGGCGCCCAAGCUGCAAGAGUCGGCCGUGUCAAAGAGUUGGCUCACGGUCUUGCCCACGUAUGGCAUGAUUCCGCCGAAAGAAAAGGUCGAACUCAAGGUGACCGUUCACGUCAUGCUUGAUGCCGUGCAUGCGCUUUCGAGCGGCCGCGACACCCUCGACGACACGCUGAUCCUUCGUGUGGCCAACGGCGCCGAUCACUUCCUUGUGGUGUCGGGCGACUUUUUGCCGUCGUGCUUUGGAUGCUCGCUCGAACAGCUCGUCGUGCAAGUCGAACCCGUACGAAGCGUAAAAUCGAUCAAGCGGGAAGCUGCUGUAAGCCAGAAGAUCCCCAAGGAACUCUGGCGCAUGGUCGACGCAUUGUACACGCAUGGUCUCGACGCCCCCAACAUUUUCUUGGACACCGAUCAGUCGGAGGCAGCGGUGUUGCGGGAAGCUCUAGACACGGGCGCGCCAUUUCCUGUCCAUCGACCACAGUCCAUGGCGGCGCUUCUUGUCCACUGGUUGCAAAGUUUGCGUGAAAGCGUCGUGCCCGAGGCGAGCUUGUCGGCGGACACGACCGCGUCCGUGACGGUUGACGGCCUUGCGACGGUGCACUUCAACACGUUCAUCUAUGUGAGCUCGUUCCUGCGCGAAGUGCUUCUGCACACGCCACGAAAUCUUCUCAACACGUCCAAGAUUGCGCACGUGUUUGGACGGUGCUUGCUCGGGUACAGCGUUACGCAAGGUCCAAGCCCCAAGAUAGACAUGAUGGAGCGAAUGCUGGUGCAUUUCUUGACUACCGGCACGUUGUAACCCGAUAAGGAUCCAGUGUGGGCUGCCUGGUGCUGCUCUAAAACAUACCAGUUGUGGCGGCGGGCAUGUCUGAAGAAUGGAAAAUCGUGUCGACA